AUGCCUCAACUGGAUAAAUUCACUUAUUUUUCACAAUUCUUCUGGUUAUGCCUUUUCUUCUUUACUUUCUAUAUUUUCAUAUGCAAUGAUGGAGAUGGAGUACUUGGGAUCAGCAGAAUUCUAAAACUACGGAACCAACUGCUUUCACACCGGGGGAAGACCAUCCAGAGCAAGGACCCCAACAGUUUGGAAGAUCUCUUGAGAAAAGGUUUUAGCACUGGUGUAUCCUAUAUGUAUGCUAGUUUAUUCGAAGUAUCCCAAUGGUGUAAGGCCGUCGACUUAUUGGGAAAAAGGAGGAAAAUCACUUUGAUCUCUUGUUUCGGAGAAAUAAGUGGCUCACGAGGAAUGGAAAGAAACAUAUUAUAUAAUAUAUCGAAGUCCUCUCCUUCAAAUACUGGAAGGUGGAUCACUUGUAGGAAUUGUAGGAAUGACAUAAUGCUAAUCCAUGUUGUACAUGGCCAAGGAAGCAUAAAAUGA